AUGUUCGCGAUUCUCCGAGGGAGACGACUCAGGCUCCCACCGGAGCUCUCUAUUUCCGCCGCCCGUCAAUUUUGGGGUUCUGAAUAUGGGGUCUUUUACAGGACGUUCACCACCGGGAAACCACCGCAAGGUGAUCGCGAUAAUGGAUCUGAGAAAUCCUUCAGCUUGUCCUACCUCGUCAGCUCAUGCGGGUUGGCCCCAGACGCCGCCGUCCGCGCCUCCAGUAAACUCCAGCUGAAAUCGCCUGAAAAACCAGACGCGGUCUUGAAUCUUCUCAGAGAGUACGGAUUCACGGCAACCGACAUUUCUGUAGUGGUCACCCGGUGGCCAAACAUUCUCUCUGCCUGCCCAGACAAAACCCUUUUGCCCAAGCUUGAGUUUUUCGCCUCCAUUGGCGUCCCCCUCCCCAUCCUGGCCACCAGGCUGUCCCGGAACCCUCCCAUCUUAUGGCGCAGCCUUGAGAACUCAAUCAUCCCCUUAUACGAUUGCCUUAAAAACCUGCUUGGGUCGGAUGAGGGGGCCGUUCAAGUCUUUAAACGGGCUCCCCGGUUCUUCUGCUGGGGCCGGGUCCACGACCUCUUUUCCAACCUCUCGUUUCUUGUGGACUGCGGGGUCCCUCGGCCAUCCCUCGUGUCACUGGUCACGUACCAGCCAACAAUGCUCUUGGUUCCUCAAGAGAAGUUAUCCUCGUGCGUGAGUCGAGCAAUAGAAAUGGGGUUUGACGUGACCAGUAAUAUGUUUUUGAUGGCCAUUCGGGUUUUAGGUUUUGAGGAGUCGACCCUCAAGCACAAGAUGGAGGUUUAUAGAAAGUGCGGAUGGUCAGAAUCCGACAUCAGAACCGCCUUUCUGAUUCAGCCGCUUUGUAUGGCCUUGUCCGAGAAGAAGAUAUUGAAGACUAUGGCUUUUCUCGUUGAUAAAUUCGGGUGUGCACCAGGUGAUGUGGCUCGGCAUUCUUUUCUUCUUCGUUACAGCGUCGAAAAGAGAAUGAAGCCGAGGUGGGCGGUUGCUACUGUUUUGAGUGAGAAAGGGCUGAAGAAUGUGGCUGUCACGUCCUUGUUGUUACCGUCCGAGAAGAUUUUCUUGAAGAACUAUGUCGAGAAGUACAAGAAGGAUGUUCCUGAACUUCUGGACAUUUAUCAAGGUAAUCAAAUCUUGUCCUGCACUUCCUGA